UCUCUUAUAGGAACUCACAAGCACACACACUCACUCGCUCUCUCUUGCAAUGGGGUCUUUGCUUUUUUUUUUUUUUUUUUUUCUUUGGUAUAAAAAAGAGAGAAAAAUAAUGGCAGUUGGGUUGUUCACUGAUUGAGCCAAAAUAGAGAGAGAGAGAGAGAGAGAGAGAGAGAGAGGGGUAAAAGCAGCAGUAGUAUAGUAACUUAGUGAGCUGCAGCAGCAGCAGCAGCAAGUAGUAGCAGAACCAUCAACUCCACCACACAAAUAUCACUAGUAUUUCCAUUACUGGAAACAAUUGCCCAAGUCCUUAAAAUCAUUUUUCAUAUACAUAUAUUUAUACAUAUGUCUUUAUAUGGUUAUAAUAAGCUUUAUAUAAUAUAAGAUCUUAUUAUUACGUUUAAGAGCAGAUGCUUCUGGUGUUGCAUGUUCAUUUUGGCUUCUUCAACUUCCCUCGGAUAAAUGAUUUGUAUUUGAGUUUCUAAACCUGUAUUAUCUUGGGUUUUGCUCUAUUUAAUAAAAAUAAGAUCUGGGAUUCUUUUAUUUUUCUAUAGUAAAGUUCAAAGGAAGAGCAGUCUUUUCUUUCUUUUUUCCUCCCCUUGCAAGUGAAAUAGAUCUAUUGUUAUAUUGCAAGUUUGAGACUUUAGGCUUUUUUUCUUUUUGGUUCUGGGUCUGUUCUCAAGCUCUACACUUUCUCUAGAGAAGUAACAAAGUUUGAAUUUCUCUGGAGCUGGAAUGCGGUAUCGUAAUUGUUGAAAAUUAGUGUUGUUUAAGGGUUUCGUUUAAUAAGUGGUAAAACUUUGGGAUUUUGGGUAGAGAAGAUUGUAAGCGGAUGUGGCUGAAAUUGAUCAUCUUUUGUAGUGACACCGGUUUCGGUUGAAGAUUCAGAAAGUCUGGUUUUUUUUUUUUUUGUUGUUGUUAGAUUUAGAAAAAUGAAGUUUCACAUUGAAUAUUAUUUGAGUUGUGGGUUUCUUUGAUGGUCUAAUUAGACAUCAAAGUUUGUAACUUUGAAUUGGUGUUAGAGGGGGAAGGGUAAAAAAGGUGAAGGUAUGGUAUUGGGUGGAGAGAAGAAACAAGUGACGAGAGUAAUAGUUGAGUGGUGGUUUGGUUGGUUUAGUUUGGGAUUUAAUUGUUGUGGUUAAGAGAGUGGCUUUGGAUCUUUUGGUUUCGGGUCUAAAGUUGAGUUUGAAGGAAAAGUAAAAUCUCUGUUAUAAUGAGGCUCUCUUCAGCUGGUUUUAAUCCACAAACACAAGAAGGGGAGAAUAGGGUUUUGAAUUCUGAACUUUGGCAUGCAUGUGCGGGUCCACUUGUUUCUCUACCUGCUGUUGGAAGCCGUGUUGUUUAUUUCCCACAGGGUCAUAGCGAGCAAGUUGCUGCAUCAACCAACAAGGAGGUGGAUGCCCAUAUCCCUAAUUACCCAAGUUUACCCCCGCAACUUAUAUGUCAGCUUCACAAUGUGACCAUGCAUGCAGAUGUUGAGACAGAUGAAGUGUAUGCACAGAUGACCUUGCAACCAUUAAGUCCUCAAGAGCAAAAGGAUGCAUACCUUCCAGCAGAAUUGGGCACUCCCAACAAACAGCCAACAAACUACUUCUGUAAAACUCUGACGGCUAGUGAUACAAGUACUCAUGGUGGAUUUUCAGUCCCUCGCCGGGCAGCUGAGAAAGUGUUUCCUCCCUUGGACUUCUCCCAGCAACCUCCAGCUCAAGAGUUGAUUGCUAGGGAUCUGCAUGAUAAUGAAUGGAAAUUCAGGCACAUCUUUCGUGGGCAGCCCAAAAGGCACCUCCUUACAACAGGGUGGAGUGUGUUUGUAAGUGCUAAAAGACUUGUUGCUGGGGAUUCGGUCCUUUUUAUCUGGAAUGAAAAGAAUCAAUUGUUGCUUGGUAUACGGCGUGCCAAUCGUCCUCAAACUGUGAUGCCUUCAUCGGUCUUAUCAAGUGACAGCAUGCACUUAGGGCUUCUUGCUGCUGCAGCUCAUGCAGCUGCAACAAAUAGCCGUUUCACCAUAUUUUACAAUCCGAGGGCUAGCCCCUCAGAGUUUGUAAUACCACUGGCAAAGUAUGUUAAAGCGGUCUAUCAUACCCGGGUUUCUGUGGGCAUGCGCUUUAGGAUGCUGUUUGAAACAGAAGAGUCAAGUGUUCGUCGCUACAUGGGCACAAUAACUGGCAUAAGUGACUUAGAUCCUGUUAGGUGGCCAAAUUCACAUUGGCGCUCGGUCAAGGUUGGCUGGGAUGAAUCCACAGCUGGAGAAAGACAACCAAGAGUUUCCCUAUGGGAAAUUGAGCCGCUAACAACAUUCCCAAUGUAUCCAUCUCCAUUUCCUCUGAGGCUUAAACGACCUUGGCCCCCUGGACUACCCUCAUUUCAUGGCAUCAAGGAUGAUGAUCUGGGAAUGAAUUCUCCCCUUAUGUGGCUGAGAGGAGAUGCAGAUCGUGGAAUUCAAUCUAUGAAUUUUCAGGGGCUAGGAGUUACUCCAUGGAUGCAGCCAAGGGUUGAUGCUUCCAUGCUUGGUUUGCAAACUGAUAUGUACCAAGCUAUGGCUGCUGCUGCACUUCAGGAGAUGAGGGCUAUAGAUCCUUCUAAAUCACCAACUACGUCCCUUUUGCAAUUCCAGCAACAUGCAAAUCUCCCAAGCAGGACUGCUGCUUUAAUGCAACCCCAGAUGUUACAGCAGUCCCAUUCUCAACAGGCCUUUCUACAUCAAGGUAUUCAAGAAAAUCACCAUCAGUCUCAGACUCAGGCUCAAACACAAUCACACCUUAUUCAGCAACAAUUGCAGCAGCAGCACUCACUUAAUAGUCAGCAGCAGCAGCAGCACUCACUUAAUAGUCAGCAGCAGCAGCAGCAGCAGCAGCAACAUUCACUGCCACAACAACAGCAACUGGUUGAGCAGCAACAGAUUCCGAAUGUUGCCUCGGCCAUAUCUCAAUUUGCUUCAGCCUCUCAAUCCCAGUCACCCCCUCUGCAAGCCAUUUCUUCCCUGUGCCAGCAGCAGAGUUUUUCUGACUCAAAUGGGAACCCUGUGACAAGCUCUGUUGUUUCACCCUUGCACAGUCUCAUGGGUUCAUUUUCUCAGGAUGAAUCGUCUCAUAUGAUCAACCUGCCUAGAACCAAUCCCUUGAUGACUUCUUCUGGCUGGCCGUCUAAGCGAGCUGCUGUUGAACCGCUUAUUUCUUCACAGUGUGUUCUGCCCCAAGUAGAACAGUUGGGGCAUCCUCAGGAAAACAUCUCUCCAAGUUCUGUUUCAUUACCGCCCUUCCCGGGCAGGGAGUGUUCGAUAGACCAAGAAGGUGGUGCUGAUCCGCAAAGCCAUCUUCUGUUUGGUGUCAAUAUAGAGCACUCAUCUCUCCUACUGCAGAAUGGAAUGUCAAAUCUUAGGGGGGUUGGCAGUGAUAGUGAUUCCACAACCAUACCCUUCUCUUCUAAUAAUUACAUGAGUACUUCAGGCACUGAUUUUUCUCUUAAUCCAACAAUGACACCUUCAAGUUGCAUUGAUGAAUCAGGUUUCCUGCAGUCCCCAGAAAAUGUGGGCCAAGUAAACCCACCAACUAGAACCUUUGUUAAGGUUUACAAGUCAGGGUCCUUCGGUAGGUCGCUGGAUAUUACCAAAUUCAGCAGCUACAAUGAACUGCGAAGUGAGCUUGCUCGCAUGUUUGGCCUUGAAGGUCAGCUGGAGGACCCUCUGAGAUCAGGCUGGCAGCUUGUAUUUGUUGACCGGGAGAAUGAUGUUCUUCUCCUUGGUGAUGACCCCUGGCCGGAGUUUGUGAACAGUGUGUGGUGCAUCAAAAUACUUUCACCGCAGGAAGUGCAGCAGAUGGGCAAACGUGGCCUUGAGCUUCUGAACUCAGUUCCAAUUCAGAGGCUUUCCAAUGGCAGUUGUGAUGACUACGCAAGCAGGCAAGACUCGAGAAACUUGAGCACUGGAUGAUUUUGAACCAGUGAAAGGGAAAAGGAAAGAUUGAUGAAGUUCAGCUGUCCUUUUUUUUUCUCCUAAAUAUUUUUUCUUACAUGUGGGAGUGGGACCGAGUGGUGGGAAUGAACCAAAUGCAAGAGAAAGAAAUUGAAAGGGGUUUGUAUGUGCAUGGUUGUGCUGUGGGGCAGUGAAGUGGUAGAUAGAACCUUUUUUCUCAAGGGAUGGAAUGGUGACAAGGUAGAGCACUAUCCGCAAUAAUACCAACUCCAGUGAAAUGUAGGGCUGCCUAUGCAACAACCCCUUUAGAAGGACCUUUUUAUGUUGGUUUGAGUGGGAGGUGAGGAGGGCACCCUUUCUUUCUUUCUUUCCUUUUUUCCUUUUAUUUUUUUUGGUUGUUUUUGCCCCACUUCUUAGUCUGUCGCUUUUACUAUCGAAGCUAUUUUUCUUUAUUUAACCAUAUUCCCUGUCAAGCACAAAAUGAUGAAAAUAAGAAGUUCUAUCUCUUUUUAACAUA